AUGGUCCACACAGGCGCCAGCUUUACGAGCUCGGCUACGAGAUCUACGGGUACAAGCGGGCUAAAAGGUGCUGAUGCCAUAUGCGAGGAUCAACCAUCUUGUUCCGCGGAACGACCCACAUCCGCCCACAACCUUCCCUCUUCCAUACACCCCGACUACUUCCUUCAGACAGGCGAUGACUUUCUGCUGGUGACCGAUGACGACGUCGGCUUCUACGUCGAUCGAGAUUUCCGCCUGUGUCACUCUGAAUGCUUUCAUGAUUUCGAAAAGAUGGUGUCCGAUAUCGGCAACAAAGACGCGGUUGGCGAUUGCAUCAACAUUAGUGUCGUACGCAGAGAUAUGUCCGGAGAGCUGUCAAAAGGCUAUACGACAGAGGGCUUUCGAUACCACCAGCCUCGUGAGAAAAUCGCCCCCCGAAGGCUGCUCUUCAUCACUCAACGUCGUUGA